CGAGUAUCCAUGACAGCAGAAACAACGCAGGAACAUCUCCUCUUGCUAAAGAAUUUGUGCAUUUCAUGAGCUCGGUAUGCAAUUGCUUCGCGCAAUCCACCCGACACAAACUCCGCUCGCCAUGCCGAAUGUGCCGGCGGCAGCUAGUUAUAGUGGGGGUCUACCUUAGGCUUGGCGCGGUUCGACCGGGACUUGACGAAGUAGCUCGCAGAUCGGAUUUUCGCGCAAAUGCAUUUCUUGUUUGGAAACAUCGAUGUUGUCCCCUCGGCUUCUCCAGCUGCCCAAGAAAUCGCAUUGAUCUGUCUUCCUAAUUAUACUUACUGAGUGAAAGGACAACCAUUGGAUUGGAGCUGUCCUUGAAUCAAGAAUUCUCUGCCAAACCACAGUCCCUGCUUCCGUCGACCUUUCCAUCAAGACAACAUGGACGGCCUCGCCAACCUCGCUACAACAGUGGGCAAUCGCUUUGCGACGAACCUGAGGGGAUCUUUUACCGACCUGACUCCAGAGAAAGUCAUCAGGAUAGUCAUCAUUGCCGGGGCUUAUUUGCUUCUGCGGCCAUAUCUAGUUAAGCUUGCAGGACGGGCCCAGAUGCAGUCGCAUGAAGAAGAAGCCGCCAGGACCGAGGCCGAGGCAAAGGUCAAGAUCUCCCCGAACGAGCUCCGUGGCAUGGUGAACAUUCCCGAAGACACAGACGAGGAAGACGAUCCGGCUGGCCAAGCAUCUGGACCGGACUGGGGAAAGAAGGCCAGGCGGAGGCAACGCGAAAUCAUCAAGAGGAUGUUGGAGGCCGAGGAGCAGCGGUUGCGUGAGACUUUGGAGGAGCAGGAGGAUAAGGAUAUCGAGGAGUUUCUGGACAAAGAAUGAGAAAGGAACGGGCUGGAGUCACAGUAUCCAACGCAAGUGGAAGAUUCUACAUAAUCAAUGCAGCGCCUGGUACUAAAGUCUCUCGCUACCCAAUCCUUCGCGAGGGUCC